AGUGGGCGGUGAUAGUUGAGUUCAAGCCUCUAUAAAUUGUUCCCGCACACAGAGGCGGGUAGAGUUGCCGGUCAUCGAUCCUGUGCUUGUUUGACUAACGCUGAAGAUGGAAAAUACCCAGGACAAAGUGCAGAGGAAGCCUGUUCGCCUCAUCGCGGCGGCCUGCAAUGACAUGGGCAUCGGGAAAGAGGGGGGAAUGCCCUGGAAUUUACCAUCUGAAUUCCAGUGGUUCCUGAACAAAGUCACAACGGUGUCAAGACCAGGAAAGUUCAACAUGAUGGUGUGGGGGAAGAAGUGCUGGUUCUCCCACCCAGAAAGUACUUUCCCACUGCCCAAUACUCUUCAUGUGGUGCUGAGUUCGACACUGGACUCACCUCCAGAUCAUGCCCACUUUGUGGGUUCAGACCUAGAGGCAGCUGUCCGCCUGGCUGGGAGCCACCCCCUCGCUGACCUGAUAGAGACCAUCUGGAUUGUUGGAGGAAUGCAGGUCUACAAGGAAGCUCUGCUGCAUCGGUGGUGUGACUUGGUUUACCUUACGAAGGUCAUGGCAGACUUUGACUGCGACGUUUUCUUCCCCGAGUUUGACAGAGAACUCUUUAAACUACAAGAAGGAUUUCCUGGUGUACCGAGUGAAAUUCAAGAAGAGAAGGGUGUUAAGUACCAAUUCCAAGUAUUCAAGAGAGAGACAGGCGACGAGGUUUAGACACUUAACAGAGAAAAACUCAAAGUCACUCAUUACUUGAACACCUUUCAAGAUCGAUUGCCGAGUCAACUCAUGGACAGGGAAAGCCAAAGUCUUGCUAUCACUUUUUGUAUUAUACGGAACAUUCCAGUGUUAAUACUCUUGACAUGCCUGAAAUCCCAUUCUUGUUUUACAUUUAAAAAACAGCCACCCUGUGCUGUCACCUUGUCAGGUUUCCCCACUCGUCCUCAGUAAGUGUGCAGCUGCACAGAGAAAAGGGUAACGAAUAAUGAAAUAAUGAGACGUACUUUUGGAUGAAGGUUUUAUCGGUCUAGUCUUUUGUGAAUUUGAUAGUUUUUUUUCAUGAAAUGGUUAAAAAAAAUAAAACAAUCCUACCUCA